CAUUUACUGUGGUGAGGAGUCACAUCCUUUGCACCUAGAAGAAUGGGAAGGGGCACAGUGGGCAGCACAACCCGGUUGCAUUGCUGGAAGAUGCUGCUCAAGACACCCCUGUGGAGAAGAGACGAUGCAGGUCGGAAAACCGCUGUAUCGUGUGAGAGGAGAUGAAUUAAAAUGCAGCACACAACUUGUACAGAGGACAGGAUCCACCAUGCAUUGGAGAGGUGCCUCCACGGCCUCAGCAAAAGUGCUGCCUGUGGUAGUAGCUGGACAGCUGGGCUCUGUCUGAACUGCUGGAGUCUGCAAGAGCUGGUUAGUCGUGAGGCAGGGAACUACUUCAUCCUCCUGGAGAAAAUCCUGCAGAAGACCCAAGAGGUCCAGGAGCAAUGCAACUAUGAUCUCCUUGCUCCACUGGCCCUUCUGUUCAGCUCAGCUGUCCUGUGUAUCCCCCACUUUCCUUCCAAUUCUGAUUUGCUUCUACGAGCCUUGAGGACGUACCGUGGCUUCCUCACCUGGCCUGUGCCGUACUGUGACAUCUGCCGGGAGCUACUGACCUUCAUCAACAAUGAACUCAAAGCUCCAGGGAUUUCAUUUCAGCGACUGGUUCGGGCAGAACAAGGGCUCCCGUCCAAGAGCGGCGAGAGUGCCAUUGUAACAGUCCUGUUGUUGAACCCUUCAGAGGUCGAUGAGGAAUUUCUAUCAGUUGCCGAGAAGCUGAGCACCACAGAAUAUUCCCAGCAUGCACUCCUGGUCAUGCUUGUGGAGCACGUCUACCAGGCCAACCUUGGGACCAAAUGUGACCUGGGAAGACUACGACACGCUCUGAAGAUGAAGCCUGUGGAAGAGCUCCUGGAGAUAUUUGCCAGCACCACAGAAGCCCAGGAGAGGGCAGCUCUGACCAGCGAUGACCCUGCUGUGGCCAGGGAGCAACUGGAGUCAGUCCUGCUGGGGAUUGCAAAGGCAGCAGGGCUGCCGGAAAUCAUAGGGCAAGCCCAGCCAAGUAAGCUGCACCUGAUCCCCAUUCCCGUUGCCCGUUGCUACACGUACCGGUGGGAUAAAGACAAUUUCGACAUCCUGAGUGAGGUAAUAGAGAAAGAAGGGGACUACCCAAAGCCAGUGGUUUUGGAAGAUGAGGAGGAGGAAGAGGAGGAGGAGGAGGAGGAGGUCAACAGUUGCUUUUCAGAAAAAGGCGCUCUGCUUUCCACCCUCGCCUCCGUGUCCAGAGACCACAUGUAUUCAGCACUGUGGGAAGGCGGCACCCGUGACUCACAGUCAGUCCUCUCUGCUCUUUCCAAAGACUCUGAGCUCUCGCUGGCCUCUAAGAAGUCCUUGAAGUCUUUUGUUUCUAGCCUGAAUGACUGUGUGGACAGCGGCUAUGUGGAGGACAGUGAUGAUGGCUCUCUUGAACUGGGGGGCCACCUGGACCCAAAGGAAGAGAAGGUGUCCCCCCGACACCGGCACCGGCUGAGCAGCAGGAUCUGCAAGCUAUUCAAGAGCAAGAGCCAGCUCAUUCUGGGCAGAGAGCUGCGGGACGCUUCGGAGGUGGCCUCACUGUCACUGCCUCUGCGCCGGGCCGAAAGCCUGUGCAACCCGGUAGCCAAGAACCGCAUCCCCACACGCUCCCGCCGGGCCAAGUCUCUGCCACAGCAUGUGCUGAGUGCCACACUUUUGCAGAACCCUGUGCCGCGGGGCACCUGCGUCCAGCGCAGGCCCCUCCUGAGCUGCGAUGAGGAUACCAAGAUUCCAAUGCUGCGCGUGGUUGUCUUUGGUUCCGACCGCAUCCUGGGGAAGGUGGCCCGAGCGUACAGCAAUCUGAAAGCACAAGAAAGCAGCUGCCCCUGGCUGACACGGUACUUCAGACUGAAGUUUUACUAUGUCCCCGUGAAGAGGAAUGGUUCUACCUCAUCUGCCCUGACCUACCUUCCUCCUCUUCCUCCUCCAGGAGAGUCUCAUUCCCGCAUCUCUGGAUCAGUGGAUCCCACUUUGGCAGGGAAGGAGAGCAGCACGAAUGACAUCUCAGUGUACAUAGGCAUGCUGGAUCCGUGGUACGAGCGCAAUGUUCUGGGGCUAAUGAACUUUCCCACAAACAUUCUGUGCCAGCAAUCUGCCAAGCCCGAGGGGGAGCUCUUGGAGGAAUCGGCAGGGAAACUUUCCAUCCUCGCUGAUAUGGUUCUUUACUACUGCCGCUUUGCUACUCUGCCGGUACUGCUCCAGGUCUACCAGGCUGAGCUCACCUUCAUGGGGGGAGAGUCAAGGACAGAGAUCUUUAUCCACUCCCUAGAGCUGGGCCACUCAGCAGCCACACGGGCCAUCAAAGCCUCAGGUCCCGGGAGCAAACGGCUGGGCAUUGAUGGAGACAGAGAAGCAAUCCCACUAACACUACAGAUUGCCUACAGCAAGAGAGCAGUCAGCGGAAGGAGCCGCUGGAACGAUGUUGAGAAAGUCUGCACAUCCAUCAUCCUGAGCAAAGCCUGUAAGAGGCAAGAAGAGCUGGGUUCAAAGACAGAAUGUUUGACCCUAACUGCAACAGAGGUAACCAAGAGGCAAAGCUCUAAGUCUAAGAAGAGUUUCAAUCAGCAGAUCAGUGUGUCCCAGAUGAACGUGGACAAAGUGCAGAUCAUUGGGGUCAACUGUUCCUUUGCUGUGUGCCUGGACCAGGAUGAGAGGAAGAUUCUGCAGAGUGUCACCAGGUGUCAAAUCUCUGCAUGUUACAAGCCCAAGGUCCGGGAGCCACGCAGUGGGGGAAAGUCCAUUCCCCUUCUCUCUCCCCAAGAUUCCUCUGAUUUCUGCUCUCUUCUGUGUUUGCCCAUCACCACCUUCAGUGGGACACUGCAAUAGGGAGGCAUGAAAGGAUGGACUGAAGUGACUUCCAAGUGCCCUGUGGAGCAAGGCACCUUGUCUGGAAGAGGAAAGCCAUGGUGUGUGUUUCUCCGUUCCACCCACUGCACAGCUUAGCUUCAGCAGGAUCAAUGCAGGACAGUCCUCCCAGACCUAAGAAACAAGACUUGAUGCUCCCAGAAUGGAAGGGCUUUUCUCAUGGGAAAGAAUAAGACCAGCACCCCGGCCUGUAUUUUCCUCAUGAGUGGCUGCUGAGAGUGAGUGAUGGCAGAUGUAGGCAUGAAAGAUGGGGAGAGAAAUGCGAGGCAGCGGCGAGAAGCCUUGAACUGGCCAGUUUGUGCAAAAGUGCUGAGUUCCAGAUGAAAUGCUGUUUUCUCCACUACCUUUGAAACAGGGAUUUCUGGAUAUUCUUGAUUGGAGUGGUAUUUCUCAUCUGACACACUCAACCAAAUCAGCAGAGGCUGACCUCUUACGAUGAUCAGAGCCAAAAGGAGAUUGGGUGCUGAUGGUUUGCUACAAUUCACACAUUGCUGGGCUUGCUUCAUUUUUGCACCCUGACUUCUAAAAUUUUAUCUUGAUGAAAUUGCCUGAAGCUCAGGCUUUCAGUUCAGUGUCCUGAGAACUGGAGGUUAGAAAACUGGGAGGAAGGGGCUAUCCUGCUCCAUUUGACCCACACUCCUGAGUAAGCACCUGCACGCACUGGCUGAAAUGGAAGGGCAGAUUGGAGCAGCAAAUGGUGAAAAGCAAAACAUUCUCUGUGGGAUGGUAUAACUGGGCGCUAAAUAUUAGAGAGACCCGACUACUUCUACUUCUGAAAGCCUGCAGUGACGCAACACUAUUAGCCAAGCUGUGUUGGUUGGCUGGGACUGUCCCUCUGUGGGAGUCUCUGCACCUGUGAGGCCUUCACGUUCCCCUUCACAGGACUGGACGGGUUUGAGUGGUUGCUGACCACCGGCACGUCAUUGUCACAGCACAAUGUCUAAAUUGCACUGUGACAGCAAUUGCACUGUGACAGCAAUGCUUUGGCAUGAAUUGCACCAAGGCAACUCUGUCACUUUGCUUUGUGGGUGAAAAAUAUAACCCCCCCAAAUAAGUCUUGCAGACUCUAAAUCUCCCCCUUUACCUACUCAAACUGCAGCCUCUGUCAGAUGCCCUCAGUCACUAGGGCUUAUAGGUAGCCCCUGCCUGACCAGCAGGCCCCACACCUGGAGGAAAAGGUGAGGUCCUAUAGUCCCCAAAAUUGGGAUCAUCAGAUUAGGGCCUUCCAGAAGUAGUCCAGGCACAUGGCCAAGGUCAAGGAUGAUAGGAACUGUAAUUCAAAACAUCUGGAAGGCACCAGCUUGCCCUGUCCUGCAGGCCUGGCCAUCUCCAAACUUAGCAGAUCCAUCACUGUUUAUAAUGCAAUUGUGCAAUUAAUCUGAGGCUGAAUAUUUAUACUUGCUUUUAUGCACAUUCUAAAUUGCAACAGCAGUUCUUGUACAAUAGUAAUUUAGGUUCAGGAGAACAUAGGUUGCUGUGUAGUGUGCCUUGAGAGUUGCACGUUCGAGUGGUGUGUGUAGGACUGUGUCAAGACAAUCAAAGUCUGAAUUAAUGGUUGUUGUAAGUGGCAGCUAGGGAAGCCACAAUUCAGAAUUGAAAAAGAGCAAACAUGACUCCUCUUCUUCUAGUGGACCUAUAUUGCUUGUUUCCGGAGAAAAACAGCUGUGCCCAGAUGAAGUCUGUAGAUAGCACCCUUUUACUUGAGCUGAGAUUUUAAACUGGAAAAUAUACUGUUUGAUUGUUUUGAGGAAAGGAUGCUUGUUUUGAGCAAAGAAUGCACAUCUGAAGAACUCAUUAUUUAGGGUGGGAAGGGUGAACCAAAAUAGCAUUUUGAACUCCCAGUUGGGAAUGUGUGUGUGUCCAGGAAAUGUGGAAAGAAAAAACCCAGGUAUGUGUGUAUGAACUCUAUAGCAACAGUCAUCUUCCAUUUUUUCAUUCAACUUUUUAACCUACAAUGUGAUAACUUGUUGAAAACACACAUCUGUUUUACUCAGGUAAUAGUUUCAGAAGCUUUUCCUUUGCAAAGUCAAAACGUGUCUUGCUUUAGCUUGUUCUCAGGGGGGAUCCAGUGCAAUGUAGCUUACUGAAACCAUCUACCAGUAGUUAAAGUAUUAGGAAAUUGCUUGGCAAGGAACUGGGGAAAGAUGUAAUCCCAAAAAUUUCCCUAGAAUUUGCUUUCAGAUACAAACCAUGAGAUGCACCAAGAGAUGAUUUAACCACUUUGUAUGUCUGUGUGUUGUUAGAAUCCCGCUCAUUCCUUCCUUGGCUAAAGAAGCCAUUUGCUUCUGGUUCAAGUUGGAAUCAUAAUGGUCUUACACUUGUACUCUCAGGAUCAUCCAUGUGCCUUAGACCAGGAGUUUGGCUGCAAGGCAGCAGGAGGCACUGCUCUUGUCAAGAGCUGCCACAUUAGGCUGUUGCAGGUGAGAAAAAGGUGUGCACAUGGGGUUUCUGUCCCCCAAGCCAACGUUCGGUUGAGAUAGGAUCGCUUUAUGUGUAAAGCUUUUUAACACAAGCAAGAGCCAUCUCCUUGAGUUAAGCUGUACAUAAAUUUGUGCCAUGUAAAUUUCAAUGACCUAAUUUUAUAGAAUAUUGUUAAGAUGUAUUUUGAUGGAAAUCAUAAAUUUAUUUGUAAAAUAAAGCAGCAUUUUCCUAAA